AAAGUUGUACGUUUGUUUUGAAAUAAAAAAUAUCAUGAAAUAAUACCUACAAUAUAUAGUGUAAAGCUAUUGCUGGUUACGCUAACAAACUUGUGUAGUAAUUAUUUCCGGGGUAAUUUUGUAACUUGGAAACGUAAUACACUGUACCACCCAUCCAGUACGCUUGUCCCCACUGACCUGUGACCGGUCCCCGCUUUCAUGUCGACUGCGGUGCUAAUUGCCGCUGUUGUCGGCGGAGGGGUCCUAUACGUUAUGCGCCGUUUGUUCCCCGCUCAGAAAGCCGGAAAGCUGCUCCGGUAUCCAUCCGACACCAUGCGGGGAAAGACAGUCAUCGUGACCGGGGCUAACUGCGGGAUAGGCAAGGCCCUGGCCGCAGAGCUCCUGAAGCUCCGAGCCCGGGUCAUCAUGGCCUGUCGGGACCAGCGGAGCGCCGAGGAGGCAGCUCAGGACAUUAAGAAACAAGCGGGACCAGAGCAGGGGGAGGUGGUCAUCAAGCACCUGGACCUCGCCUCUUUUGGAUCAGUACGAAGAUUUUGUGAGGAAAUUAAUGAGGAGGAGUCCAAAAUUGACGUGCUCAUCAACAAUGCAGGCAUCUUCCAGUGUCCUUACACAAAGACAGAGGAUGGUUUUGAGAUGCAGCUCGGUGUGAACCACCUGGGUCACUUCCUCCUCACUCACCUCCUGCUGGACCUCCUGAAGACUUCUGCUCCCAGCCGCAUCGUUGUGGUUUCCUCUAAGCUUUACAAGUAUGGCCACAUCAACUUUGAUGACCUGAACAGUGAAAAUAACUACAACAAGGCCUUCUGCUACAGUCAGAGCAAGUUGGCCAACCUGCUGUUUACACUCGAACUGGCUCGUCAGCUGGAGGGCACAGAGGUCACAGUCAAUGCUCUCACCCCGGGCAUCGUAAGGACCAGACUAGGCAGGCAUGUUCAAAUCUCCCUCCUGGCAAAGCCGCUGUUAUACCUCGCCUCACUGAUCUUUUUUAAGAGUCCACUUGAGGGGGCCCAGACUCCUCUCUAUCUGGCCUGCUCCCCAGAGGUGGAAGGAGUGUCAGGGAAGUGUUUCGCUAACUGCGAGGAGGAGGAGCUGAUGGCCAAAGCUACAGAUGAGCAGGCAGCCAAGAAGCUGUGGGACAUAAGCAGCAGGAUGGUUGGACUCACUAACUAAGCAGAGUCCUGUUCUGUGGAGGGUGUUUCAGGGGACUUAAGUAUUCCUGGACAAGAUAAUUAAUCCUUAGCAGCCCCACAGACUGUACAGGGAGAGAUGGCUUGUGAAAAGACCAAUUGCCACCUUUAAGAUAAAAUCAUUAAUUCACUGACAUAUUGUGCCAGUGAAGUGUGUGAAUUAAGUCUCUGUAAGCAUGUGCGCUGUGAGUGUAUUGCACAGAGAUUGUAUAAAAUUUGAACAAUUAAAAAGAUGUGCCACUACAAGAA